AUGGUUAAUCAAAUCAUUGUUAUCCUUAUUUCUGUUCUUCUCUGUGAUAUUCUUUUGGUUUCGGCCAAUCCUGCUACAUCUAUUGAAGAACAACGUCGUACUAUUUCAUUGACAGACAACUUUCGAUUACCAAAGUCACUCUGUCGUCAAAUGCUGUGCAAUAAGCCAUGCUUUUGCGGUAGCUAUCGUGAUUAUCGUGGAUGUGAUACCUGUAAUUGUCGUCCAUGUGAUGGUAGUGGAUUGGGUGACGAUUGGGGAAUGGCUUAA